UCCGCCUCCGUCGCCCGCCCCUCUUCCCAACGCGGUCGACGAGACGACCGCCGACCCGCGGCGACCCCGACCCCGGCGCCGCGGCCUCCUCCCGCGCCCCGCCAGCCGCCGGAGCCCGACGGGAGCCGCCGCCGACGGCCGCCGCUCGGCAGGCAUUCGACCGCCGCCACGCGGGUCCCCGAGGGUUUUGGAGGGCCCUUGGCCUCGGCGUGAUCGGGCGCGGCGGCGGCGGGAGGAGGAGGGGCGCGCGCGCGGGCAUUGGAUGGUCUCGAUCCGUACGGCCCCCCGCUGACCUCCUGCCGCAAUGGAGGAGUCCGGCGCGGGUGCGCGCGGGCCGGAGGAUCAUGCUGCUGACGCCGCGCGGCUGCUGGGAGCGGAGGACGCUCUGUCUGCGGCAGCCGCGCCUGAACCAGCCACCGCCGCGGAGGUAUGCGGCGCCCCGGAGGCUAGAUUGCCCGCGGAGGCAGACCAGGAGAUAGGGGGCCAUUUUGCUGUUGGAUUGGUGGCUCCUGUCGAGGCUGUUCCUGCCUCGAUUGAAGGGAGAAAGCUUCAGAUAGGCCAGGGGAAGGGUUCUAGUUUGGAACAGAAGGACGUGGACGUGGAGGUAGAGAAGGGAGGUAGUUUGGCUCCCGCGUCGCAGAGUUCCGCUGAACCUGGCGGUUUGCAGACGUGUCAUGAGGCCAAUGGCAGGUUGCCGCAUAAGACGUUAUGUGCCCCCAAGGAUACCGGAUGCGUGUAUGGCAUGUCGGAGGAAACGACAGAGGGGAGCCAGUUUGAGCAGGAGGGUUUCGUGGGUAACGGAGGUGACUGGGUUGGUGAGGUGCAGGGAGUAAAUGCAACUCUAGAAGAUUUACGGAUUGCUUGCGAUGAAGCAGAAUGCGAUCAUGCUGGCUUGUUGGGUUCAACGAGUCGUGGUAGCGAGCUACAGCCAUGUGCCGUUGAUGGCUCAGUAUCCAUCACGGAUGCUAAUGAUGAACUACAACAUGAUGCUUUGAUGCCAGAUAAUGAAGCUGUGGUCUCCAAGCCAUCAACGAAUCGUGGUAGUGAGCAAGAGCCAUGUGCUGUUAAUGGCAUAGGAGUCAUCACGGAUGCUAAUGAUGAGCUACAACCGGAUGCUUUGAUGCCAGAUAAUGAAGCCAUGGUCUCCAGGACAGCGCAUGAAGAUUCAGUUCCUUCUAUUUCAGGUGGCAUUAAUCUUCCUUUAGAUAGAAAGACAGGUCAGUUUGGUGGAGUAUCUGGUGAUUCAAUGAUGUGCCACGUGUCCGAUGGAGGGAUGUGGAAUAACGGUUUAUGUGCUACUGGAGGUAAAGGAUCUCAGUUCAUUGAUUCUAGAUGCAUGUAUGACACGGUGGACAUGGCAACAGCGGGAAGUCCAUGUCAGCAGGGCGUUUUGGCAGGUGGGAGAGGUGUUUUGUGUGGUGUUGUGGUUGAUUCACAAACAUGUUACGAGGAACCACAUUGUGGUAAUGAGGGCUUGCCAGAUUUGGUAAAUCGUGACAUUUUGCCAUGCAGCAUGGGUGCCGUAUGUUUGAAGAGAAAUGCUAACCGUGAUCUCGAAAAGGAUGUUUUGUCAAAUAGCUCUUGGACCUUGCACGAAGAUUCAGUUCCUUCAAUUUCAGGGCAUAGUCCUGCUGUUUCUUUAGAUGGCAAUACUGGUCGGAUUAGUGAAUUACCUGAACAUAGGUGCAUGGUAAAAAUGGCUUGCAGUGCAGAAUUAUGUGGUACAUUUUCUUGUGAGAGUGCAUUUCACAAGGAGGCUCCUGAAGAUGAGCGCCGGUUUUCCAGAAGGAAGGUAAACACAAGUGAAGAGGAUAUGCCUACAGAUUGUAUGGAAGCGGCCCAUGACAAUGGUGACUUGUCAGAUCUGGGGAAACAUCACUCUGAGAAAUUGCAAUGUGGUGCUGAUGGCCUGCCAUUGAUGACUGGUGCUAAUCAUGAGCUGGAAAAGGCUGGCUUCUUGCCAAAUAUCAAUUCAGUAGCCUCCUGCCAAGUUGAUGAAACAUCAGUUCCUUCUGUUUAUGGGAGCUCCAUUGAUGUUCCUUUAGAUGGGGAGGCUGGCCAGGCUGUUGAUACAUCUGAAAAUAGUGCAGGCUUUGGAAAAUUGGUUUGUGAUUCACUUGGAGGGGACAUGUCGUUGUGUGAAUACGGUGAUGAGAAUCAGCAUUCUGGCCCUCAUGCUGAUAAAGAGUUGCAACAUACCCCUCUGAAAUAUGGAACCUCUGGACUAUCCCCAGAGGGAAACCCGUGUGUUUCUUCAUAUAACCAACCCUGUGAUGAUGAACCUUGUUGUAGUGGCAAGGAAUCAUCUGCUCUAUGCCUGGGUCAUCAAGAUUCUGCUGUUGGUAGAUCUGGCCAUUUGGACCAAGGGCUAAAUGCCAGUAAUUGUGCUGAUGACUGUUCCGUUGAUUUUGUCAGCAAUGCUAAUGAUGGAGAAUUACAAAGUCAAAAGCUGACAGCAUUAAACGUGUUCAGACGUAGGAAUCCAAAAAGAGCAGCUUCAGCAAGAAGAGAUUCUGGGAGGCCUAAUCAAAUGAACCAAGCAAGCAGCAGCACGUGCAAACCUAAAAAGGUUGAUGUUGCGAGCUCAUUGCAGCAAAGCACCACGAGUCUGUUCCCAAACAAAAUCUCUAAGGGAAGAAGUGGCAUGAAAAGGCCACCAAAACCAUCUACUUGGGGCAGUCUAAAAGAGCUAUUAGAUGGUUUCUGCCAAAGCUGUCGGCUGUCGACUUCUAAUCCUCAUCCAACUUGCUUGGAUAAAGGAAGAUCAGAUAACAGAUCUGAUCAGAAAAGUCAGCCAAGUAUUCGGAGAAGUCGAAGUUCAAGAUCUUCAAAGAGUAAAUUCUCUUCAAUGUCUGCUGCAGGGUAUGCAGCUAGUGAAUUGAAUGGGCAAUCGACCUUAUCAACUGUGGUGGAUAUAGGGCAUGCAGCUAGUGAAUUGAACAAGCAACCAGCCUGUUCAACUGUGGCUGAUACUGAUGUCUCUUUGCAAAGUCACAGACAAAACAUUCCAAAGUUGUCUUCUGAUACAUCAAUCAAUAUUUUUGAUAGUACAAGCAAUACUACAGAGUCUACUGACAGUUAUUGUACAGUGAAAUCAACAUGUAUCCAGAUUGAUGCGCAGCAGUUGGAAAGGGCCUUGGUGAGUUCUAUUAAAGAAACAUGUGCUGCAAAUGUCCAUGGAGAGUGUGCUAAGCUUUCAACUUCUGAACCUUCUUUGACCAAUGCCAAUGGCAGUGCCAUGCUGCAUGUUGAAUUUUCACCGGAUUCUGUUUUGGAGGUGGCUUCUGUUACAUGUGAAGGUAAUGCAUCUGCAAGCCAUGAUGUUAUGUUACAUGAAAACUCAACCAAUACUGGUGCACUGAAUGUUGGUGGCUAUCAUCCAUCCGUUUCAUCUACUUCCAACUUUGGAAAUGAACAAGCUUUAUUAUCAUUGAUGAACUUGGAGCAGCAAGCUGAAAUCACUUUGCAUGAAGACACCAGAAAGGAAGAGAUCGAUCCAUCUCAUACCAUGGUUAACAAUGAUGUUGGUGAAGGAAAAGCGCAAGCUUUACAGAAGUCUAAUGCAGUGAGGAAAAUCAGAAUUGUCAGAAAGCCAGGUUGCAAAAAUAAAGAUGGAUCUAAAGGGAAAAGAAAGAAUGGUAUAAGUUCCACCAAAAUUUCUCCAUCUGAAGCUUCAAAACAUAGGCCAUUUUCUAGCGAUUCAAUUUCUCCUGAUCCAUCCGAGUCGAUUCUCUGCACAAGGCCUCCAGAGUUUAGUUCUUGUUUUGAAGCCCUAACUUCUGGCACACAGGAUCAUGCUAUUUAUGAACAUGAUAGCAUUGGAAGUCACUCUGUAAUGAAUGGUGGCAGAGGGAGUGUAUUUGACAGUAUGAAAUCACCAAGACGCAAGAAAAAAGAUGCUAAUGCAGGAAAGAAGAAGGGAAAGGUUCAGGAUCCACAUAAGAAAGAAAAAAGCAACAAGAAAAAUAUAGCAGAUGACACUUCCUUUGAUCAUGGUAUUUUAAAUUUGCCUUCAUCUGAUCUGGCAGCAUCCUGUAUGAAUGAACAGAGUAAUCUUGGUCCUGCCACCGAAUUUGCACCCAAGAACUGUAGUGCCAUAUCUACUGAUUUACCUGGAAAUGUUGCAUGCAAAACGGAUGGUGCAUCUGUACCACCACCACCACCACCACGUGCUGCAUGGGUGUGUUGUGAUGAUUGCCAAAAGUGGCGCUGCAUACCUGCUGAACUUGUUGAUGUCAUUGGAGAAACAAGAUGGACUUGUAAGGACAAUGAAGACAAGGCAUUUGCUAACUGUUCUAUUCCACAAGAAAAGACAAAUGCUGAGAUCAAUGCAGAACUCGACCUUUCGGAUGCUUCGGCUGAUGAAGCAGAUGAUGACAGAUCCAACUCCAAAGCUUGCAAAGCACCAUCCUGGACGUCUAUUAGGUCAAACUGGUUUCUGCGUCGGCAACGCAGGACACAAUCCAUUGAUGAGAGCAUGGUGUGCAAUUGCAAGCCUCCUCAAGAUGGUCGACUGGGUUGUGGAGAUGGUUGCUUGAACAGGAUGCUCAACAUUGAAUGUGUCAAGCGUACAUGUCCAUGUGGAGAACAAUGUUCUAAUCAGAAGUUUCAGCGACGCAGCUAUGCAAAACUGCGAUGGUUCCAUUCUGGCAAGAAAGGUUAUGGACUGCAGUUGCAGGAAGAUGUUACUGAAGGAAGGUUUCUUAUUGAAUAUGUUGGAGAGGUCCUUGACAUAAUGUCUCAUGAAUCCCGCCAAAGAUAUUAUGCUUCCAAAGGCCAGAAACAUUUCUACUUCAUGGCCUUAAAUGGUGGCGAGGUAAUAGAUGCUUGCACUAAGGGGAACUUGGGCCGAUUCAUCAAUCAUAGUUGCAGCCCUAACUGUCGCACAGAAAAGUGGAUGGUCAAUGGAGAAGUCUGCAUUGGAAUAUUUGCUAUGAGGAACAUCAAGAAGGGUGAAGAAUUGACAUUUGAUUACAACUAUGUUCGUGUAUCUGGUGCUGCUCCUCAAAAAUGCUUUUGCGGUACUGCCAAAUGUCGGGGUUACAUUGGUGGAGACAUAUCAGUUGAUACUGUCACCCAAGAUGAUGCAGAAGCAGGACAUUUUGAACAAAUGGUUCCUGACAAAGAUCCUGAGGAGUUGAUGGGAGCAAAUGGGUCUGAUUCUGAUGGCAGUCUUCAAAAUAUUGCAGAACCUGAAUUUUCUAUUCAAGGGGAAGAUUUACAUGAUUGCUCAGCUGCAAAAGCAGAGUUAGAACCCCUUGAGCAAACUGGAGGAACAGUAACUGAAACUUGCGAGCCCCAAAAUUCCUUGGAAGCAUGGAGCCCCCAGGAAGACGAAGAUGUCAUCCGCACACCUGUGCAUGUGUCACGAACAUUUGAAAGUUCUUUGCAGCAGUUCCCAGUACAUGGUCCUCUGUCAUCAGAUCUUUUGCAAAAGACUGCAAAUUCAGUUGAAGGAUCAAAGGCUCCAAAUGUGACAGAUGGAUCGACACCUAGUUCUGAUUUCAGGAGCAAUCUGGUACCUGGUUUCAAUACUAAUAAGAGAAACAACUUAAAACAACAUAGAAAUGUGAAACCACAAUCAUCAACUCCAAUUGACAAUGAGCACAUCUUGGGAGUUGAAGGGAGACUGAACAACCUUCUGGAUGAGAACGGAGGUAUCAGCAAACGAAAGGAUGCUACAAAAGGAUACUUGAAGCUUCUCGUUGUGACUGCAGCAGAAGGUGACAGUGCUGGGGGCACAUCUAAAAGUGUGAGGGAUCUUUCAUUGAUUCUCGAUGCACUUUUAAAAACAAAAUCACGUUCGGUCCUGUUGGAUAUCAUCAACAAGAAUGGAUUCCAAAUGCUUCAUAAUAUAUUGAAGCAGAAUAGAAUCGACUUCUACCGGAUACCUAUUAUACGGAAGCUUCUCAAGGUACUGGAGUUUCUAGCUCAGGAAGGAAUUUUGACAUCUGAGCACAUAAAUGGAGGUCCUCGAUGUGCUGGAGUCGAAAGCUUCAGAGACUCGAUGCUGAGCUUAGUCAGACAUAAGGACUUUCAGGUUCAACAGAAUGCUCGGAGAUUUCGUGAUAGAUGGAUCCUUCAUAAUACUGCAAGGAGUGAACCAACAGAAUAUCCACAUACAUCCACAUUUGCACAAGAUAUCCAGGGAACUAAUAUGGUCUGGAGUUCUGCUAGGAGGAAACGCAAGAGCCGUUGGGAUUAUCAACCUGAUGAGCACUAUAAGAUGGUGGGACUAAAAAUCCAAAAGUUUUUUUCUGGCCAUGGUAAAUAUGAUGUGAGAAACAAGUUGCAGAGGAACCAGGGAACAAACAACUGUUAUAAUGAUGUCCAUCACAUGGAGAGUUCAACAGAGGGUGCAGAUGAUGAUGUGCCUCCCGGGUUUGGGCCCAAACAGGAGUGUCAGCCUUCACAACUUUCCAUAGGCAGCGAGGUUGCUCCAGGACUUUGCAUGGAGGGGAACCAACCUAGCUUGAGUGUUUCACAUGUGGUUCCUGUUGGUCAGCACUUUGGAACCCCUGAAUCUGAAGGAGGCCAAUGCCACCAAAAAUGGAAAGUUGCACCUGGUGUGCCUUUUAGUCCUUUUCCACCAUUUCCUACUUACCCACGGGGGAGUCCUUGUCCCUCCACUUCAUCAUCACAUAUGUUUCAGCCUGAUGGAACAUCCCCAGCAAACCAUAGUAGUUCUGGAAAUUGUGGAAGGACAGCAGGCCGAGAUGGAAGAGUGCAUAGGGCGUGGCGGCAUGGGCCAAGACCAAAAUGGCCAUACCAUCAUCAAGGAAGGAAAUUUUCGAACAACCAUCAUAGAUUUGAAAGAAUUGAGCCUCCAAGAUCUCAAUAGCGGUGAUUUAGGAUUCAGGGCAACGAUUGGCCCAGUCCUACAGUUUUCAAACCUCCAGUAGUCGUCGUAUACAUGGUGACUCCUGCUCAAAGUGUAACAGAAACUGUUUCAGCCUUUAACGAUGUUUAUUUAACAGGGAGUGUAACUGUCCGUUGUGUAGGUGUAGAGCAGAUGCUGCACAUAGGUCAUUGCCAUUGCAGCUUUGUCACUAAUUAAUUUUAUCAUUGGUUUCCUUCUCCCAAUGUGUAAUCUCAAUAGGAAUAAUUGAUUUAAUUUAAUCUUUUUACAGGUGAAAAGGCGAACUGAUUUUACCGACAAA